GGGGCGUGGCGGUCAAUGCUGGGUCAAGGACAGGGGGCCUCGCAGGUCGUAGUCCCCGGCGCCCGCGAUCAGAUGAUCCUGGUGUGGGCUGCCAAGUUCCCGCAGCCUCCCGGGGGCCCGCUCUCGGCGGGAUGGCUGAGCAAGCGGCGCUAGGACCCCUGGGCAGAGCCUUGGGAAGGGAGUUGGGGUGGGGGAAAUGCCUUACAUGGUCCCUUAGUGGUCACCGUCUGAGCCCGCCGCCCAGAAUAGCUCCUGGCGCCUGCUGGCCCGACUCAUGGCUGGGAGAUGGCUGCUGCCUCCGGCCCGGCGGAGUUGGGUGCACCCCGGGGACCCGCACGCCCGGAACCCCCUCCCACCCGCUUCCACCGGGUGCACGGUGCCAACAUCCGCGUGGACCCCACUGGGACGCGGGCCACACGCGUGGAGAGCUUCGCCCACGGCGUGUGCUUCAGCAGCGAGCCGCUGGCCCCGGGCCAGCUGUUCCUGGUGGAGAUCGAGGAGAAAGAGCUAGGCUGGUGCGGGCAUCUGCGCCUUGGUCUGACUGCGCUGGACCCCGCCAGUCUGGCCGCCGUGCCCGAGUUUUCGCUACCCGACUUGGUCAGCCUCGGCCACACCUGGGUCUUCGCCAUCACGCGCCACCACAACCGCGUGGUCCAGGAGGGCCACCCAGAGACAGAGGCAGCCCCCAGCCGCCCCCCGACCCUCCUGGUGGAACCAUAUCUGUGCAUCGAGCAGUUUCGCAUUCCCCGGGACCGCCUGGUGGGCCGCAGCCGGCCAGGGCUCUACAGCCACCUCUUGGACCAGCUCUACGAACUGAACGUGCUGCCUCCAACCGCGCGCCGUAGCCGCCUGGGCGUCCUCUUCUGUCCGCUCCCAAAUGGCACGGCCGACAUGCACAUCGUCAUCAACGGCGAGGACAUGGGCCCGAGCGCGAAGGGGCUACCCUCCGCCCAGCCCCUCUACGCAGUGGUGGAUGUGUUUGCCUCCACCAAGAGCGUGCGCCUGGUCCAGCUCGAGUAUGGCUUGCCGUCCCUGCAGACUCUGUGCCGCCUAGUGAUCCAGAGGAGCGUGGUGCACCGGCUGGCCAUUGAUGGGCUCCACCUGCCCAAAGGACUUAAGGAUUUCUGCAAGUACGAGUGAAGGCCUGCAGCCGGGCCGCAGGAGCGCAUCCUGGCCCCCGAGCUGUGGCUGGUCUGAAGCUGGUCACCCUGCUGCCAGACAGGGCCAGAAAUAAACACGGCUAAUGCUGA